GCGGCGCCACCGUCGCCGACCGGCGCGACCACGCCGAACGCGGCCGGGAGAGGACUACCAGCGCCACCUGUCAGCAGGUCGCGAGUGGUGCGGGCGAACGGGUUACCAACGGCACGAGCGAGCGGGCCUCGAACGGCACGUGCCAAAAGAUCUCAAGUGACAUGUGCGAACGGACAGCAAAAGGCAUCUGCGAGCGCGACGCGAGAGACACGGGCAAGCGAGCCCCGUGCGUGGCCCGGGAGCGGGGCGCCGGUGGGACUGGCCGCGGCGUGACGAACGGAACGGCCGAGCGACCGGUGGACGACGUCGGUGGUCCGACGACAAACGGUAGUGCAGCUUUAAACCAGAAGGGAUCUCGGGCUCCUAAGUCGCCCAAUCUUCUCAAGCGCCUCUUCAAGAAGGACGAGCCGCAGGAUGCAGUCGAGGAGCAGCCGAAGGAGACGGCGGUGCCCAGUCCGGCGUCGAGGGCGGCGUUUCGGCGUUCGCUCGACUCGGCCACAUCGGCCGUGUUCAGCCAGAAGACGGGCCUACCUCUCAGCUCGUCGCCGGCCCCGCUCCGCCGCGGCAACGCCUUCCACUUCGACGCCGCGCUCACCAAGGUGAAGACAUUCAGCUCGGCGCUGAACGAGCUGACUGCCGACGCCGAGUCUGAGUCGGCCGAGCCCGAGCGGCGGCCGCUGUCGGCCAGCUGCCCGGCCGGCGUCGUCUCCUCCCUGCUGGGCAGCUUCGAGGAGUCGGUGCUGAACGGCCGGCUCGGCCCGGUCAGCACGGUCGAAGGCUUCUCGGCCGACAUCGGCGCCAGCGGCUCCUUCCACCCCAAGCACGUCCGCCUGCCCGUCACCGUGUUCUUCUACUCGCUCUGCGACAAUGAGAAGAUCGCCUCGCCAUACAUGGGCCUCGUGAACCUGGGCCGCAAGGGCUACCACGUGCCGAAGAAGGGAACGCUGCAGGUGACGCUGUUCAACCCGCACGGCACCGUGGUCAAGAUGUUCGUGGUGAUUUAUGACCUGAGCGCGAUGCCGCCGGGCAGCCAGACCUUCCUGCGUCAGCGCACCCUCUACAUGCCCGUCGGCGAGUCGCCCGAGAAUCCGGACUCGCAGAAGUGGCUCCGCUACCUCAUCCACCUGCGGUUCGCCACCGGCCGCUCUGGCCGCGUGUACGUGCACACCGACCUGCGCAUGAUCAUCUUCCGCAAGUCGGACAUGGACGCGGCGGCGCUGCACACGGGCGCCGGCGCCGCGCACGAGAUGCGCUCGUUCGUGCACAUGCCCGACAACCCGCGCUACUCACCGCGCAAGUGAGCGAAGCGCGUCGCAAUACGUCAGGUCUUUCACACGGCGGCGGCGGCGGCGGGGCGGCGGGCCAGCCGGGGCUGUGGAGCGGCCCGUU